UGCGUGAGGGAUUUUACAAUAAACUAAUAUGGCGACACAAUCAACUGCACUGUUGGAACGUCUCGAUAAACAGGGCUUUCCGAAAUCGAAAAGAAAAUUACAGAAACAUCUUCGCAGUGCAGGUUUGGCCUAUAUUUCACGCACAGGAAAAUUAAUACCAGCGAAAAGGGUUGCAGACGAGCUGUGCCAAUGUCCACACAAAUGUGAUUCCAACGUGCCUUCGGAGGCGCGCCAGCGCCUCUUCACCCACUUCUACGGCCUCGGCGACGCCGAUCUCCAGAACAAAUUCCUGCGACAACACAUGGACCUGCGGGCCAGACUGAACGUGCCGGAGACGUCGUCGAACACGGGCCGGCCGCCGCGCCGCAUCACCUGCAAAUAUUUGGUGCCCCUGUUGCCCUCCGCCGAGACCGUCGAGGUUUGCCAGAAGGCGUUCGUCAGCGCCUUCGUCAUCACCACGAAGCGGGUGCGCCUGCAAAGGGAGAAGCUGAUCGCCAGUCUCGGCUUGAACAGCUACAGCAGCCAUAAUAGAAGCAAAAACGGCAAGGCGACGGCCGCGUCUCUGGCGAAAUCGGACGAUACGAACGGCUCGUCGGAUUAUUCCGACAUACUGAACUACCUCCCCGUACCUCUAAGGUCGCCGGCGAAGUUACCGCAACGCAUCGACGACGACGACGACGACGACGAAGUGGAAGAAACCGACGAAUCCAAAGAAACUAAAGUGCCUUUAAGGAUCAAACGGAAAUCGAAGAAUUCCAUCGACAAUCCGCUGAUACCGUUCGGGAUCCUCCUGCCCGAAGGCGUCACCAUAGCGCCGGUGAUUGCGACGGCCGAUCACGACAGGGACAUCGCGAUCGUACACAAUUUCUUUUCGAAUCAAUUGUGGAAGCCCGAGUACAUCGGGGCGUAUUCGUGAGAAUCGAGUUGCGUAACGGUGAUGCGUCCUGUCCCCAUUUUCGUACUUAGUACUUAGUUCGAUUGGUCGAUCGUUCGCGCAAGCGCCUUCGCCGAGAUUGCUCUGUCGUUUGUGCUACUAGAGCAUCACGAAAAUGAGUUUCGAUUCCGAUUAAAAUGUUUGUAUUUAUUUACCGUGGCCUUUUGGAAGGUGCUAGUCGUGCAUCUGGUUCGCUUGUAAAGCGGUAUACAGGGUGUUUGAGGUUAUUACCAAUAAAAUCUAAGAACUAGUCAGUGUAUUCUACAUGAAAUUUUUUGUUUGUCGAAGGAGCAUUUGGGCGAAAUGCGCUUGCGCUAAUGGUGGUAAAAAAAAGUAGAUAAGGUAUGGAUUACAGUAAUUUUUACAAAGAUGGAUAUAAAUUUACGUAUUGUUAUUUAUAUAUUGAGUUUAUUCUAUAGUUACUAACUAAUGAAAGAGUUUUAUUAAUUUUUUGUUUUAACGGUUAUUUCAUGUGAUAGGUUAUUAAGGGUUUUUAUUUUUAAUUCAUUUAUUAUUAUUGUUGAUAUCAACGUUUAGUUUAUUUUUUCUUUUUUCUCGACGUUUAGUCGCUAAAAUAUAGAUAUUUUAUUAAUAUUUACACACUUAUAUUUCCGUAAACCGAUUUAAUUUAUAUUAUACUGUUUUUUUUAUUCGUUUUGUUAAUGUACAAGGUUGUAUCUUAAUUAAUUGGUAAGUUGUUCGUAUCGAAAUUACGAGGAAUGUUUCCAAAGUUAUGCGAAUUGUGAACAGGCCUUUUUGUGACCAUGGAACACUUUAAAUGGCUCCAAUUUGUCUAGAAGGCUCUAAUGUAAUUAGAGCACAAUUCCCAGUACUUCGUAAACACCCCUCGUACAAACAAUUACCGAAAUUUGAGGAAAUUUAUUGUUUUUAUAUCGGCAAAUGCAGUUGACAGUUUCCUUCUACGAGUAAUUGUGUCGUGUUAACCGAGCUUAGUUAAGAUUAACCGUGUAUACGCAGAUUUACAACGGGUUAGGAAUGACGGAUAACAUUCUUUUCUGUGAUAUGAUACCAAAAUACGAUACGGGACCGCGAUAAAUAUCUGUAUGCUCGAAAUACACAAUCGGCUGGGCCUUGUACUUAAGCAUUUGGAAUAGGUGUAAAUUGAAAUUGUUCCAUUGAAAGAGAUCAACUAUAGCCGGUCGCAAUUCGACGUUAAACGUGUGUUAAAGCGAUUUGAUACGUUUCUCUUGCAUAAAAGCUAGUUAGAUAAACACCUAAGCAUCUCGUAUUCGUUGUUCCUAUACCUCGAAAUCAAACUACAGCUUGCCUUCGAGUAACGUGAAUUGUUAUACUUAUAUGAAACUGGUUUUGAUGUCUAUAAAUGGUUGAUUUUGUAGCAAAUUCUGUCCGUAUUGUGAUAAAUAAAACGAGUAAUUCAAUUUUAUAAUCUACGAAUAGAUAAGAUGAGAUGUAAAAUGAUUUUUUUCAAAAAUGUGCCUGUAUUUUCACCAAAAUGUUUGAUUGAAUUACUUAUUUAUAAUCGACAGAUUUGCGAUGAAUUAAAAGAAAUUUUUACAAAUAUUUAAAUUGGGCUUUAAUAAGGCAAAUUCCAAUGUAGCUAAUUAAACAUUUUUAUCAACUAAUUUAAUCAAUUUGCACUUUAAUUAUUUCAAUAUUAGACGAUAAAAAAAUAAAAAAAUAAUGAUUUGAAAGCGUCUCAAGUACUUCUUGGGUAUUUUUGUUAAACUAAUCGAUAUUUUUGUGCUUCACAUUUAAUUUCCAAUUAAAUACAGGAAGUUUUUGAAAUAAAUGGUCAAACUUUGGGAGCAAGUAGAGAACCUCAAAAUAUGACAAAAACUUAAAUGUCAUUUUAAAAAAAAGUUUAAUUUAACCACUUAUUUCACAAACACCCUGUAUAACUCGAUAAAACUGAGUCUGUGGUUCAAAGUAAACUUAAUGUGCCUUAAAGAGUUUAACAAAAUAUAAAAAAAAACUAAUACGAAUUUUACGAGAAAAAUAAUAUACUUAAAUUAUUUCGACAAUCUUUUUUAAUUUUAAGUGGUACAGUACCUUUAAUUCGUUUCGUUUGUAACUAGAUAACUUUAAUUUCGUUGCGAUUUUUUAUGAUGAUGCGGUAGGAGGAGCAAAAAAAUAUAAUUUCGAUACGCCGGGUUGGUUCUUAUACGUCCAAUUACGUGGAAAAUCCGUUGCUAAAAUGAGUAAUAAUUUCUUUAUAGUGGUUCCUACUUGUGUUUUUUUGUUUACUUACAAGCAUCGCCUCUGUUAGGGGGGCCGGUUACGGUGAAGAUUGAUUUUUCUACUUAACUGCAGGUCAUGUAAUUCCUGUAAAUGCUGGUUAAUUUGCUGUAAACGUAAAUUCUAAAAAAUCUGUGAUUAAUGUCAAUAUUAAAAUGGUACCGGA